CUGUUGCUGCCAGAACAGUGAAACACACUGAUAUAGGCUACAUGUGAUAUUGCAGACAUGGAACCAGGAUCAACUGUCAGUGCUGUGCGGAGCCAGAGGGUUUUGUGUGGAGAGGAAAUUCGACCUGCAGUUAUCUUAAUAAAGGAAGGACAGAUUCAUAGCAUUCUGCCUGAUUCAGAAGCUUCAGCGCACACAGCUGGAAAGGUGCUGGAUGUGGGGAACAGUCUGGUAAUGCCAGGUAUAGUGGAUAGUCAUGUUCACGUUAAUGAACCAGGCCGUUCCACUUGGGAAGGGUACUGGACCGCCACACGGGCAGCUGCAGCAGGAGGGGUGACCACUAUUGUAGACAUGCCCUUAAACAGCAUCCCACCAACUACAACUCUUGGAAACUUUCAUGAGAAGCUACGCGCUGCUACAGGACAGUGUUUUGUAGACACAGCAUUUUGGGGAGGAGUCAUUCCUGACAACCAGCUAGAGCUAAGGCCGAUGGUCCAGGCUGGUGUGGCUGGAUUUAAGUGCUUUCUGAUCCACAGUGGAGUGGAUGAGUUUCCUCAUGUGAGUGACACAGAUCUGCACGCAGCUAUGAAACAGCUCCAGGGCACAGACAGCGUUCUGCUGUUUCAUGCAGAGCGAGAAGUCCAGCAUCCAGCAGCUGAGAAAGGGGAUCCGAAUGAAUAUUCCACCUUCCUGAGAUCUAGACCUGAUAUUAUGGAGCUUGAGGCCAUCCGUACCGUCACUCAGCUCUGCUUACAGUAUAAAGUGCGAUGCCACAUUGUGCACCUGUCAUCGGCCCAGCCUCUGGAGCUCAUUAGGGCAGCAAGACGGGCUGGAGCUCCGCUGACUGUGGAGACCACCCAUCACUACCUCAACCUGACGGCAGAGAACAUCCCAGCACGGGCCACUCAGUUCAAAUGCUGCCCACCGAUACGAGACACAGCCAACCGGGAGCUCUUGUGGUCUGCACUCAGAGCUGGGGAGAUAGAUAUGGUUGUGUCAGAUCAUUCACCGUGCACACCUGACCUGAAGUGUUUGGACAGAGGCGAUUUCACGCAGGCGUGGGGAGGGAUCGCUUCUCUGCAGUUUGGUCUAUCUUUGUUCUGGACAUCAGCUUCUAAAAGAGGAUUUUCAUAUUCUGAUGCAGUGAGACUCUUGUGUAAAGAACCUGCUCGACUCUGUCGCCUUGACAACCAAAAAGGGAGUCUCAUUCCAGGUCACGAUGCAGACUUAGUCAUUUGGGAUCCAGAAAAAGAGUUUUUGGUGAAAGAAGACAACAUACAUCACAAAAACAAGCUGACUCCAUACCUUGGCCUUGCUCUGCGAGGGAAAGUGGUGGCCACUAUAGUCCGAGGGAGGCUGGUUUACAGUCAUGGCUCUUUCAGCACUCAGCCUCUAGGGAAGCAUCUCUUUAUUCAGCACAAGACACCGCUGUAAACAAAGCACAUGAAACAAUGGUUGUGGUAUAUUCCAUAAUGCUUUGGAUAACACUUUAAACAAACAUUGCAAACAAUCAUUAUUAAUAAUAAUACAUUUCACAAUUAGCCUAACAUUUCAUCAUAAAGGGAUAGUUCACCCAAAUUUUUUUAUUGUCAUAAUUUACACCCCCUCAUGACGUUCCAUUACGACUUGUUUCCUCUGUGGAACAUAAUAGAAAAUAUUUGAAGAAUGUUGGUAACCAAACAGUUUCUAUUCUCAUUGUAUUCUCAAGUUAUCAUGAGAAUUGUGGGCUAAUGUUUAAAGGGGAUGUCAUAACAAAUGUCAGUAGACCGGUAAGACGGUGCACAAAUUAUGUACAAAAUAAAUAAUCAACAGCUAUCGAACAGUAUUCAAGGGUUGUUCCAGAUUAAAAAGAGAGCAAAGAGGAACAUUUGUUUUUAAAAAGAUUUUUUUUUAAAUAACAAAUUCUAAAUAUCACUGCAUCAGUGAAUGUAUGGAACAGCUGCAGUGAAGAGAUUAAAUCAUGUUCAAAAAUGAGUAAAUUUAAAGGACUAUUUAAACUGAAGAUAUUAAAUGGAUACGAAAAGGACUGGAGGAGGUGUUAUUUGAUUUGCUAUAUAUAGAUGGAAAUGAAUGAGAAGCAUCAAUUUGUUUUGUUUUAAUUAAAAGAUAAAGAUAGAGAUAGGGGGUAGGACCUGAAAAGUUUGUUAUGAAAUUCCAACACUAUCUCACGACCAAUUCGUACGAAUUCAACGCAUGAUUAAAAAGUGUCUAAUUAGUACUAAUUUGUACGAUCUCACUCGUACUAAUUCGUACGAUUUGUCUAAACCCACGUGAUGGUUAGGUUUACGGGCGGGGUAAGGGGUAGGUAAUUCGUACGAAUUCAUACGAAUUGGCCAAUUCGUAAAAUAUGUACGAUUUAGCAAAAUCGUAUUAAUUCGUACGAGUGAGGUCGUAUGAAUUGUUACGAAUUAGACACUUUUUAAUCAUUCGUCGAAUUCGUACGACUUGGUCGUGAGAUCGGGUUGGAAAUUCUUCCUACUCCUUUUUGAACAUGGGAAAUUCUAAUUUGAAUUACUUACAAUAAUUUUGAAAGAUUGUGCUAAAAAGUACAUGAUUUUAUAUUGCCAUUAUUUUAAUUUUACAUAUGUAUGCAUGUCUGUAUGUUCAAAAAAAUAAAAAUAAAAUAAUUGACAUCCAUUGUAUUUUUUGUCCAUACUAUGAAAGUCAAUGAGAACCUAAACUGUUUUGUUAUCCUUCAAAAUAUCUUUUUAAGUAUGCAAUGUUUUUUUGGAGCAGGUUUUAAAGCUGAAAUUUUGUUUAUAAUUGUUAUGGAAUUUGCGGUAAAAAAAAAGUACAUAAAUGUUAAAUAUAUUUUUAAGCUAUUAAAAUACAGAAUUAAAUAUGAAUAUGGUGCAUUUUUUGUCAUUUUCAUUAGUUAAUUAAUGGAUAUUGUUAACUUAGCUCUAUUGCAAUUGUAUAUUUCUACAGGAAAUGUAAAUACAAUUUGAUUACAUCACUGCAAAAAUAAGUAACUGAUGUUUAACCCAUCUUCAGAGCAAAACAGUGAAUUUUAAAGAUAGCUUUACUGAUUUACAUGUCCAAAUAAAAGAAAAUGAUUAAUGAUAUUAAACUGACAUUUAUGGUUUGCUCUUGUUUUUAUGAGCAUACACUAAAUGCUCAACACUGUUGUUUUACUGCUAUUUAAUAAAAAAACAUUAUGGUAACAA